GUUUCGUUUGUAUUUUGAACACUAGAUAUUUACACUAACCAACUACCAUUUGACUAUCAGUACCCAUACUCUUUGUCUGACGAACUCAUUGACUUCUAUGAAGACACUGAUGCUGCAGACAGAUUAGAUUAUUAUCAAGAGGAUUCUUCUGUGUUGUGGCAACACCAACUGAAUGAAGCUAAGAACUAUAAAUCUCAUUCUUCGUUUCAACAUGACGAUUCAUCACAACAUUUCCUGCCUCACAGCCCCCGAUCUGGGCCUCUUCAAUCAAAAGUUCGGAUGCUAUCGGCACCCUUCAGAAGUGAGUCACGAGCAAAGAUCAAAGAUGCCUUCAUCCGAGGAAAGGAUUACCUUAUGAUGAAAGUUCAAGACUACCAGCAGAAAAUCCGUUCCAAUAUGAAUACUAAGCUAGAAACAGUUCACCCAAACAGUUCUAUUUCUGAUCAUUACCAUUCUCAACAAGAAUUCAGUGACAUUAGGAACUGUACCAUGUUACACACAGAAAAACAUGAUUCUAAUUCCAAAUCAAUGCAAGACAAUACUGAAUGGCCUUCAGAAAACCUUCCAAAAAUCAGUCCCAGCCAGUGUACUCCCCAAUCAUCUGAACUGUAUGAGCCGAAGGUAAAGGAUACAGCUGCACCAUGUAAGAAAGUACCCCACAAUACCCCUCAUGAUGUACCCCAUGGGGUUGAUGAUUUACCUUUGGGUGUUGAAGCCAAUACCCUCAAUGAAAUACCAGUGAGUAAACUGAAUGAAAUGUCUCCCUCAAAGCCAAAUGAAACAACAGCCUCUACCGUCAAUGAAACACCAGUCAAUAACUUGAACAAAAUGACGCUCAAUUCUACUUCAGAUGAAAAUGAGAGUAAACCCCUUGAAAAUUCUACAGAUGUGGCCGGAGAAAAACCAGCCUCAAAAGAUAGCACCCAACUGGUUAUUAAUCCACAGGACAAAACCCAACAAUGGCUACACACUGUUACAGGAAGACAACACAGUUUUGGCUCUGACCUCUCUGCUGGGACCAAUUCCAGUAGCAUUGACAUUCUUUUACAGAGCAGAGAAGCAAAUCCUGAAGAAAUCCUUCGAAGUCUUGGAUUCGGAUCUUCCCAAAACGAUGAGGUCAAGGCACGGAUUCCGCAACGUUUUUUUUCUGAUUCUAAGUUCUGCAUUGAUGACUUUAAACAAAGAUCCGAACUACAGGAACUCUUUGAUUCCUGGAAAUCUGAAAAAAAUUCCUCAGACCAAUUGAUGCAGCACCCAUUGUUAGGGCCCUGUCUUCACCGUCUAGGGCUUUUGUCUUCUGUCCAGUCACAACCUUCUAAAUUGCCAAGAAGAAGUAGUCUUACAUCACCACAAAGCAUAUUGAUUCCAGACAACCAGAAGGCCCUUGCUGCUCAGGGUUACUAUGAAUACCCUUCAGUCAUGGGUGGCUUAACAGAGAACUCAAAACAAUCAAUCCUUCCAGCCUCUGAACGACGCAAGAAUUUCAGGAGUACACGUACCCAACAGACCUGGUCUUUGAUAGAACCAGAACAAGAGGCAGAAUCUGAAUUGGUGAAAUUAAAACAAAAUAAGCAUAAUUUUGGAGCUAGUGUUGAUUCUGCUCUAAGCAGUGAUCUAGAGAACUCUUUAGAGAGAAGAAAUUGGCAAACCUAUUCCAGAUGGGGUUUCCGGAACCAGCCAAGUAAAGACAGUGAAUCCAAUACUUCCAGCCUUCGAGACCUUCGCUUAGGACAUGUAAAUAAAUUAAUGAGCUUUGAAGAAACUGAUGAUGACUGUGAGGUGUUUUCUCCUUCAGAGGAUCACAGAAGAAUUUUCAAUAACAAAAGUAAUGGUUUCCAAGAACCAGAACCUAAAAUAUGUGAUAAUUUUCAAAAGACUUCUUUAGAAUUGGAUCUUAAUUCUGACAAACAAACUGAAAGUAGAUUUGAUUUCAGGCACGCUGCCAUCAUUGAUUCUUUAAACAAUAUCAAUGACUUAAUGAAAUAUUCAAAGUCUACAGAACCUUCUGAACUUGAAGUGUCUCCAUCUUCUGCUGCUUCCAUGGACAUAUUACACAAUGGUGGAUUAACAACACUGUCUGCAGAAGAGGCUGAUUUCAGUGAUUAUCCUGCAAACACGAAAGAAGUACGCAGACUGAAGAUUGGCGCUCAAAAGGACCCUUCUAUCUACCGUAUUGGAAGUGCUCAGUCGGACAGCAGUGGUUAUGUAGAAUCUGACAGUCUGGUGGAGCCACCAAUGUCCUAUCUUGAUGCAUUGUCAGCCAAUGAUGUUGGCGAUCGAGGAGCUUAUGACAGCAGUGAAGCCAUCCAUGGAGGAAUCUGCAAACGACUCAGCAUCAAUUCAGAUACAACAGUCAAAGACCUUGCUGCUUCUUCAUCUUCAUCUUCUUCACAGUGUCCUUGUGAUAAAUCUGUUGGCACUGAACAAAUCUUUAAGUCUGACCGGGCUGUUUCUACUGACCCCUUCCCAAAACAAACCAUGGCCAGUCAGACGGACACCUGUUGUUUCUGUUCUUGGUGUGCUAGCCCCAACCAAGUUUGUGCACAUCUACACUCUUCCGUACCUUACCAGACUACAGUUCCUACUGCAUACGGUAUGUCUCUCCACAUCGAUGCCUCAAAUAAUUUCUCCCCCAUAACAGACCCGACUUCAGGAACGAGCCCUCGCUCGGCGAGCAAAAAGGAAACUUCUGUUCUCAAUUUGUUCAUCUCUGACGGAAAUAUUUUGUUCUGUGAUAAUGAUUCUAACAAUAAUCAAAAAUGGAAAGAUGAUGAUGUUGAUGGUUCUACAAGAUCAGGUUGCAGUUACAGGGAGCUGGAAUCCACUGGAACUAAUCAGCCGGAGAGUCAACUCUGUAAGGGACAUCAGAACUACCAUUAUAAAGAUACUGAUUCGCCAUUUGGUCUGCUGAGUAGUCGUUCCGUAAGCUGGAGAGAAGAGACAAGCAAAAAUGUGAUAGAAUACAGAAAACUUUUAAAACUCACGAAUCGGAAGACAUUUAUACAAUCUUUUGUAAAUAAUCCGUUCCUGCCAUACACUCCUCGUGUCAAAAUUGAAAUUUGGGCAGAAAAACCAAUCAACACGCACCUGCAGGAAGAGAACCAGCUAAUGCAACAUGCUGUUCAACGUUAUAAGUUUGAUUUACAAAUAAUAGAAAGUACUUUUUUAUCCUGUUAUAACCACAUGGCUGAGUUGUUAUCUGACGAGGAGACGUUAAUGAUGGACGAACUGUAUGAGUUGUGGACAGCUGUUAACAUUGAGGUUGGUCAUCUCGAGAAACUGUUAGCUGAACGACAAUAUUUUGUGAGGAAUGGAAGCAGUCAACUGACCACUUUGACAUCACUCCAGGUUAUUCCGUUGAUGACUGACCUUCUCAAGGAACAGUUGUGUGCUUUCCAACUAAACAAUGACAUUUUUGAGUUGACUAUGGAACCUCACCGUUCCAAUCCAGUGCCGUUCUAUCAGCAACCAGGAUGGCAAACGCUCUCAACACAAAUGCAAAAUUUGCAAAGUCAAAUUGCUGGCCAUAAUAAUAUGCAAUCUGUUCGUUUCAAUAAAUCAAUGGAAGAGCUGAAAGACUCAAUGAUGGUGGAAAUUCAAAGAAACAUAACCCAAAAUUUUAACCAACUCUUCAUGGGAUGAAAAGACUCGUUAGAUGUGCUUUCUGCAGUCGUUUAUUGUUCACAGUUGACUUGAUAUUCGGAGCUUGAAUUCACAUCCAUACAUGUGUGUGUUGUGAAGAAAACAUUUUUCAACUCAUUUCCCUGUGUGCUUUUAAUUAACUCCAAUGAAAUUUGAAACAACAAUAGGACCAAAAGUAUAUAUAUAACCUUGUGUAUGUAUGUAUAUAUAUAUAUAUAUAUGCAAAUACAACCGUCAUCACCACAGCCACAUCAUGGAUUGAAAUUAAACCUCAUAUUUAUAUUAUCCUCUCUUUGAUGUUGACAAUAUUCCAGACUCGAGCAUCUUCCACACCCCUUUUGAAGUUUAACUGAUUUUUAAAUCAGAGAUCUCUUUUUAGUUGAAUUUAUUUAGUCUAUUAAAGUCUUUUUUAUUUUUCUAAAAAAACGGACAUUAUUACCAAAGUAACCAAUUCUAUAUUUUCCUAUCAACUCAUUCAACUCCUUCAUCUUUCAUCCAAUUUUGCUUAAUCUUUAAAUUUAAGGAAUGAUUAAUGUUAUUUAACUUUAUUUAGAUUUUACAUCACCAAACGAUAUUGUUUUAUUUUGCUUUUGUUCUCUCUUUUUUUUUUUUUUUACUGUUUUAGCAAUAAAGAUCACAAAAUAUUUAUUAUAAUCUUUAAUUCUAUUUAUUGCUGACCCAAAACUUAUUUUUAUAUCAACAUUUCCACAACAUUUCCUGCAAGAAUCUACCCUAAAAUAUUCUAAACACCCUUAACAAAUGACCCUUCCUAAUUCUCAAAUUCUUCUUGCCCUGUCUCUUCUUUCAUCUUUGUUUUUAUAAAAUGAAUUGACAUCUUGUAUCUCUUAAAGAAUAAAUCACAUACUCUUGCUAAAAAUUA